CAUGGCGGCAAGGGCGUCGCUGGGAGGCUGGGCGGAGCCGACGGUUCUCGCGAGAAUCGCCCUUUCCUGCCUAUAUCCGGCGGAGUCAGAAGGCUUUCCGGUCUUUUGGCUUUCGGCUCGAGGAGGCAAAGGUGCAACUUUCUUCGGUCGUCCCGAAUCCGGGUUCAUCCGACACCAGCCGCCUCCGCCAUGCCGCCUAAGUUCGACCCCAACGAGAUCAAAGUCGUGUACCUGAGGUGCACCGGUGGCGAAGUCGGUGCCACAUCUGCCCUGGCCCCGAAGAUAGGCCCGCUGGGUCUGUCUCCAAAAAAGGUUGGUGAUGACAUCGCCAAGGCAACCGGUGAUUGGAAGGGUCUAAGGAUUACGGUGAAACUGACCAUUCAGAACAGACAGGCCCAGAUUGAAGUGGUACCUUCUGCCUCUGCCCUGAUUAUCAAAGCCCUCAAGGAACCACCAAGAGACAGAAAGAAGCAGAAAAACAUUAAGCACAGUGGAAAUAUCACUUUUGAUGAGAUUGUCAAUAUUGCCCGACAGAUGAGACACCGAUCUUUAGCGAGAGAACUCUCUGGAACCAUUAAAGAGAUCCUGGGGACUGCCCAGUCUGUGGGCUGCAAUGUAGAUGGCCGCCACCCUCAUGACAUCAUAGAUGACAUCAACAGUGGUGCGCUGGAAUGCCCGGCUAGUUAACUACAAACGAAAAUGUUUCAAUAAAGGAUCAUUUGACAACCAGUGGA